UGUUUCCCCUUUUGUGUGUGUGUGUGUGUGUGUGUGUGUGUGUGUGUGUGUGUGUAUCUGACUGCCGGCAGAAAGGAAUACAGUCUUUUCAGUGCGGAAGUUAGUUCCUCUUAUUCAAUGAAAAAUAGAUGAAAUAGAUUGCUUUAAACUCUUUUUUUUUUACACUCGUGCUUGAUGAGCUGUUGAGAGAGGGAUCAACUGGCUAAUGGCUUACCGCCUGUUUGAAGGCAAGAAGCAUGCUUCUUCCUACUGGAAGUACAGGAUCUGUCCAUCCGAUCAGCUAAUGCAACAGGUGCUUGACUUCCUGGAAAAACAGAAAGGUCAUCCCUUUGAGCUGGCAGUGGAUGUUGGCUGCGGCUCAGGACAGGGCACAGUGCUGCUGGCCAAACACUUUGCCUCCGUGGUGGGGACAGAUGUUAGUCCUGCCCAGGUGGAAGUGGCUUUGCAGCAUGCCAAAGAGCCAAACAUCACGUAUAGACAGUGUGUGGCCGAGGAGCUGCCGUUCGCCGACAGCUCGGUGGACUUGAUGACGGCCAUGUCGGCCUUCCACUGGUUCGACCGACCGCGCUUUCUCCGUGAGGCCCACAGAGUCCUGAAGCCCCGUGGCUGCUUGGCUCUGCUCAACUACACCAUCGACAUGCAGCUCAGCUACCCUGACUGCUGCUCACACACACUCAACCAAGUCUGCAAAGAGUUCUAUGCAGCCUUGCAGCCUUACCGCAGUCCCAACCUCGGUGCCAGCUCUAUUGACUUAUACCAGGAGGCCUAUGAGUCCAUCCCGUACCCUGACAAGGAGUGGCAAGAGUGUGUGUGGGUGAAAAGGCCCAUGCCUCUGUCCAGCUACAUGGGGUUGGUGGAGUCUUUCUCGAGCUAUCAGGCUCUGCUGAGAGAGGACCCGCAGAAAGCCACCACACUCUCCCAGGACAUCUGUCAAAGGUUGAUGUCCGUAAUGAGGGUGACCUCUGUGGAGACGGAGGUGGUGGUGGCUGUGAAGUAUUUUUACCUUCUGGCCUGCAAGCCACAGGAAGCCUGACUCCUGCCAGCAACUCACAGCUUCAACAAAGUCAUGAAGACACUUUUCUGUGUGAAAGUUUCCUCUCUGAUAAGUUAGUGUCUUAGAUGCUUGUUAAUUAUGUAUAAACUUGAACUCUCUG